AUGUUCUCCACACCAGCGUCUUUCAUCCUUCCAGCCCUACUAUGCUUGACUCAGCAAGUCAACAGCCACCCAGCAUGCCGUCCAGAAAUGAACAUGGCAGCUGCCAACGGCAAGGCCAUUUACGUCCUCACCAAUGAUGAUCAGAACGGCGUUCUUGCCCUCCCAAUCAAGAAGGAUGGUACUCUUGCCAAGGGUCAAGUUGCGAUGACUGGUGGCGCUGGAUCUAUUGCUGUCGAUGCUGAUGGUAACCCUGCUACACCCGACGCUUUGGUCAGCCAAUCUGCUUUGACUAUUGCUGGAAACAUGAUCUUUGCUGUCAAUGCAGGAUCAAACACCCUCAGCAUGCUCACAGUAUCGAAAGACGACCCCACGAAACUCACAAUGGUCGGCGAGCCCGUCAAAGUCCCCGGCGAGUUCCCCAACACCGUCGCCGCCUCCGCAAAGAGCAACAUCGUCUGCGUUGGUAUGACCGGCGCCAAAGCCGGUGUUUCCUGCAGCAGCUUCUCCGAGAAGGGUCUCAGCGCCAUGGAUGACCUGCGACCGUUCGAUCUUAAGCAGACUACACCUCCUGCCGGACCUACAAACACAGUCUCCCAAGUCCUCUUCUCUGACGACGAGAGUAUGCUCUUCACCAUGGUCAAGGGUGAUCCUGCUGUGAACAACACUGGAUUCAUGGCUUCGUUCAAUGUUGAGCAGGCUGGACAGGGUAUGGCUGUUAGCAUGCAGGAGGCGCGAAGCUCGCCUGAGGGAACUGCUGUUCUUUUCGGAUCGCAGGUUAUUCCUGGUACUUCCAAGGUCUUUGCCACGGACGCUUCAUUCGGAGCUGCGAUUCUCGAGGUUGAUGGUCAGACAUGCGAAGCUACAACCGUCGCCACUGGAGAAGUUGAGGGUCAGAUGGCGACUUGCUGGGUAGCCAUCUCCGAGAUGACCAAGACGGCUUUCGUCACAGAUGUCGGACGCAACCGUGUUGUUGAGAUGAGUCUUGAGGAUGCUAGCGUUGUUUCUGAGCUUGACCUCACCUGCAACGGUGACCCUGGCCUGAUUGACAUUGCUGCCGCAGGAAACUUCCUCUACGCGCUUUCUCCAGGUAACGGAACUACCAGCGCUGCUGUCACUGUCCUUGAUGUAUCUGGUGGAUCUGGUUCAGCGAAGAUGGUCCAGCACUUCGAGCUUGAAGGCAUGGCAGGCAAGACAGCGAUGGGCAUGAAGGUCAUGAUGUAA